AUGUCGAUCGAAAUUGAAUCCGCCGAUGUGAUUCGAUUGAUACAACAAUAUCUCAAGGAGUCAAAUCUUGUGAAGACCCUACAGACUUUACAGGAAGAAACAGGUGUAUCGUUGAAUACAGUUGACAGUGUGGAUGGAUUUGUUGCUGACAUAAAUAACGGCCAUUGGGACACAGUUUUAAAAGCAAUACAGUCGUUAAAGUUACCUGACAAGAAGCUUAUAGACUUGUAUGAACAGGUUGUCCUAGAGCUAAUUGAAUUACGCGAGUUGGGAGCGGCGCGUUCUUUGCUAAGGCAAACUGAUCCCAUGAUCAUGAUGAAGCAGCAAGAGCCCGAAAGAUACAUUCAUUUAGAAAAUCUGCUCGCACGUUCGUAUUUCGACCCGCGCGAGGCAUACCCGGAUGGAAGCACGAAGGAGAAGCGAAGAGCGUACAUAGCUACUGCUCUCGCCGGUGAAGUAUCCGUAGUACCCUCCAGUAGAUUGCUGGCCUUGUUGGGCCAAGCGUUGAAGUGGCAGCAACAUCAGGGUCUGCUGCCUCCGGGGACCACGAUAGACUUGUUCCGAGGUAAAGCGGCGGUUCGUGAUCAGGAGGACGAGAAGUAUCCGACGCAGCUGUCGAAGCAGAUCAAGUUUGGCCAGAAGUCGCACGUGGAGUGCGCGCGUUUCUCGCCCGACGGCCAGUACCUGGUGACCGGCUCGGUGGACGGCUUCAUCGAGGUGUGGAAUUUCACGACCGGCAAAAUCAGGAAAGACUUGAAGUACCAGGCGCAGGACAACUUUAUGAUGAUGGAGCAGGCGGUGUUGUCGAUGUCCUUCAGCCGCGACAGCGAGAUGCUGGCCGGCGGCGGUCAGGACGGCAAGAUCAAGGUCUGGAGGGUGCAGAGCGGACAGUGCUUGAGGAGAUUCGAAAAGGCGCAUUCGAAGGGCGUUACCUGUCUGCAAUUCAGCAGGGACAAUAGUCAAAUCUUAUCUACUUCGUUCGAUACCACCAUAAGGAUACACGGCCUUAAAUCGGGGAAGACUCUCAAGGAAUUCCGUGGGCACAGCUCGUUCGUAAACGAAGUGGUUUUCUCCCCAGACGGUCACAACAUAAUCAGCGCCUCGUCGGACGGAACCGUGAAGAUUUGGAGCCUGAAGACUACCGAAUGCAUAGGCACUUACAAGUCGUUGGGCGCCGCCGACCUCACGGUCAACAGCAUACAUUCUCUGCCCCGCAAUCCGGAGCACUUUGUCGUGUGCAAUCGCUCCAACACGGUGGUGAUCAUGAACAUGCAGGGGCAAAUCGUCAGGUCGUUCUCCAGCGGCAAACGAGAGGGCGGUGACUUCGUGUGCACAGUCGUGAGCCCGCGUGGCGAAUUUAUCUACUGCGUCGGCGAGGAUCUCGUGUUGUACUGCUUCUCCACGUCGUCGGGAAAGCUCGAGAGAACUCUGAAUAUACACGAAAAGGACGUGAUCGGCUUGGCGCAUCACCCCCACCAGAAUCUGCUGUGCUCUUACAGCGAGGACGGUCUCUUGAAGCUGUGGAAGCCGUGAACCAGCGAAGAAAUCAUCGUCUUCUUUUUCUACUUCGUCGUUCGCCCUAAGAAACAUCUACACCCUGAUUUUCAUGUACAAUAACAGUUCUUAAGAUAUCGAAUACUGUGUAACGUGAAUCAUUUUUGGAAUUCAUACAAUUUAUUAUUGUGUAAC